AUGCCUCGGGCCAGUGUCGUGCUGCUUGUCUUGGCUGCGUGCGCUGAUGGUGGUUCGCCGACCUCGCAGGCGUCUGGCUCGCGACGGCCGCGGCGCAACGUCAGCAUCUGGGCCAAGAUGGUACCCGCGGAUACGACGAGGCAGCGGCGUGAGCGCGCGAGGGCGGCCUCGGCGGAGGCCGCUCAUAGGCGCCUGGAGCAGGCGAACGACACCAACGUGUCGAACCAGUCCGAGGCAAACACCACAGAGGCCGAGCAGCAGAUCGGCCUGCUGGAGGGCUCGGGCGUCCCUUGGGAGAUCUUCCGCUUGAUCAGCGGCGAGCGCCACGACGGCCACGCCAAAGACCUGUCCAGCCUCCGCCCCGUGCUGGCAUCGGCGCAUCUGGACAUGUCCGCCUGCGAGCUCCCCGCAGGGUCUGGGAGCAACUCGGGCGUGUGCGUGGAGGAGAGCGUCGUGCAGGCAGACAUGAGUUUCUGUGGCGACGCUGUCAAGUACACCGCCUGCGUUCCGGCGGACCAGCCCCUGUGGCCGAAUUGGAACACCUCGGCGAAAGACAGGCUCAUCGGCGAGAUGUUCAAGGUUCUCGUGGAGGAGCGCUUGAAGAGGGAGGUCAACGUCACGCCUGACGAGUACGUGGAGCUCCGUUUCCUGUCCAACGCCGCCUGCUUCACGGCCCUGAAGAACGUGCUCUGCUGGUACAACUUCCCCAAGUGCAACGACCAGUACGCGUCGUUGCCCCUCUGCCGCUCGUCGUGCGAGCAGUACUACAGCGCGUGCCGGUACCCGGCGGACGCGGGUGGCGUAUACUCGAUGUGUCAAGAGGAUUCCGUGUCCUCGUCCGGCCUGUUCGAUUUGGGGCACCCAGGGCCCGAUCAGUUGCUCGCAGAUUUCACUGGAGACAAGUCUGAGAUCUGCGAGAGGACAAAGGAAAGGUACGAGAGCAUGCUUGAGGAGGAGGACAUCGGCAUGUACUGGCUCGUCAUGACGUGGUACGGCAUCGCACUGGUGUCUGUGACAACCCUCGUCCUUCUCGUCCUUGGGUUCUUCCUGUUCGUACCGUACGGCAUCCGCAUACGGAUACUGUGGAUUACAAAGCGGGUGUUCAAGAGCCCGCUCUUGAUUUGGCGGGCGACCCCGAAGUGUUCCGGGAACACGUGCAUGUUCCUGUUCUUCGCCGUGUUUGUGUUGCUGCUCCUGUACGGCGCUUUCAGGAGACCGUGA